AUGGCUUUCGACGAAGCCAUGUUGCCUUCGAGGUUAACUUUCAACCUUAUGCGAGUCUACGUCAAGGAUAAACUCCAGAAGUGGGGGACGAUGAUAUUCAUCUUCGAACUCUAUUGUGCUAAAAAGAAGCGUUCCGGGAUCGAAAGCUCGACUGACUACAAGUUGGAUCCUGCCGCUGUCGUGCGCAACCUCCGUUAA